GGGGGGCAGGUGCGGGCCGCCGAGAGCUGGGAGCUGCGCGGGCGCGGGGCUGCUGGGCGCGGCAGGGCUCUGCUAUGGCAGAGGCUGCGAGCGUGGUGCCGAGGGUCUUGUAUCUGAAAGAGCGGCUCGGCCAGACUCAGGAUCCCCAAAAGAUUAUAAAAGCACUUAAGGGACUUCAGGAUUUGGAUAUUUCACUGGACAUUCUAGUGGAAACUGGAGUAGGAAAAACAGUUAACAGUUUUAGGAAACAUGCCACUGCUGGAAAUAUAGCUAAAUCUCUGGUAAACCACUGGAAAAAACUUAUUCCACCAGAAAAUGAAAGUGACCACAAGGGGAAAAAACAGAACACCGACAAGAGGAACGAACAAGACAAGACAAAAACAUCAAUUUGUAAGGAGAAUAAGCACUCUGGCAAGACAAAAACAUCUGAACCAGCCUUAGAAGAUUGUAAAAGAUCUCCCACAUCUGAUAAAUGGAAGAAGGAGUGUAGUUUUACAGAGAAUAAGCAAAGAAAUAAAGAUACAGAGUCUUAUAAAGGGCAUGAAAGCAAAAUACAUAGCUCCAGUAGUUCUAAAAAUACAUCCCAAAGCAUCAAUCCUGAAAACACAAAAAGUGACUGCAAAGAAACAACCUCUGCUGCCAGCAAAAAACCUUCAGAAAAGCACCAUUCUCCUAGAGCCAACAAAAAAGAUCUAUUUCCAACAAAAGGGUCUUGUAAGGAUCUCUCCAAACAGAGAAACUCUGAGGACCCAGGAAAAUUAAAACAAACACUUAGUGUGGAAAGCAAACCAAAGUUGCCCAGUGAUGAGGACUUUGAGCCCCCUGUUAUGUCUUUUGAAUCCUAUCUUAAUUAUGAUCAAUUUUCAAGUAAAAGAAAGAGGAAGACUUGCACUACAAAUGAACAGUCAAAAAACGUCAAGGGCUGCGAACAGAAAAACUGCUCAUUAUCGCAGAAAAAUUCCAAAUCCCCUGUCAUGAAAGAGAGAGAGGAAGAACCACCCAAAUCAGAAGAUGAUCAGUCAGAAAGUCCCACUAAAAAGACCAAGACAGCAUCACUCCAAGAUCUACUUAAUACUCCACUGCCUAAAUUUCUGCCAGAGAUAUCCUUAUCUUCUCCCCCAUAUUCUACGGAGUUCAAAGCACCAGUUGCAGAAGUACCUCAGCAAAGCAGUGAUACAAAUCAAUUCACAGGACGGAGACUGAACUCUAAAAUGCAGGUUUACUCUGGCUCUAAAACAGUCUAUCUUUCAAAGAUGCUAACCCUGUAUGAACAGUGCAUCCGCAUACUUCAAAAUAACAUUGAUUCACUACAUGAAGUAGGAGGAGUGCCCUUUGAAAUUCUUGAGCCCGUGCUAACACGUUGUACACCAGAGCAGUUGUUUCGAAUAGAGGAGUGCAAUCCGACAUUUAUAGAAGAGUCUGAUCAUUUGUGGAAGAAACACUGCCAAAAGGAUUUUAAAAACGAGCAUCUCCUGGAAUAUGAGUCAUGGCGUGAAAUGUACGUGCGGCUCUUCAGUCAGAGAGAAGAAAAACUAAAGACCCUCACGAAAAACAUUAUUUCAGCUCAGUCUGAGAAACCUAAAGGGCGACAGGUUAAACUGGCUUACAUACACAGUGUGGCAAAACCACCCAGAAAUGUUCGGCGGCAGCAAGAGAUCUAUGGGACAGCUGGACCUAUUGUUCAGCUGCACCCUGUUGAAAAGGGCAAAACAAAGAAUCCAGAAAGCAGAGACCGAAAUAAUACCUCACCAAGCCGAAACGCAGCCACUAGCAAUGUAACAAAUGGAAGCUCCAGCACUUACUCAAGUGGAGUAAGUCAGGAUAUAAAAAAAACUGUCAAAAAAAUUGCACCAAUGAUGAGAAAAUCUUUGAAAGCAUUCAAGAAUAGAGUUGGACCACGAUAAAACACAGGAUCUUGCAUAUCUGAUUUAAACUUAUGUUAACAUUUGCAUAUUCUACGCUAUGUCUAUGUAAUAUAAAUUAGUGAAUUGUGAAUAUAACCUGCAUUCAGUUAAAAUAGUCUCUUCAAUGAAAUAAAGUGGCAGAAUGCACA